UGUUUCCUCCCUUUCUCUCUCCUCCAUUACCUUCGUCUCUCAUCUCUCUCCUCCUCCUCCCUCUCCACGUCGGCUUCAUCGGUGGCCGCGGGCUGCGCCCCCAAUCGGAUACCGGGGACUACCUUUCGCCGGAGCCAGAUCCGGCUAUCCUGGCGGUUGCUGCUACCGCUGCCCCCCUCUUGUCGUGAUCAAUUUAUCGGGACGUUAAGUUCUGAAUGCUAUGGAUGAGCGGCGAAGACACAGAAUUUUGAUGGUGUCUGAUUUUUUCUACCCUAACUUUGGUGGCGUGGAAAAUCACAUCUAUUAUCUAUCACAGUGCUUGCUUAAGCUUGGUCACAAGGUGGUGGUAAUGACACAUGCAUAUGGAAAGCGGUCUGGAGUACGAUACAUGACAGGUGGUCUAAAAGUUUAUUAUGUUCCUUGGAGACCAUUCAUUAUGCAGAAUACAUUGCCAACAUUUUACCUAACACUUCCAAUUAUACGGAAUAUUAUUGUACGUGAGAGGAUAACUGUUGUGCAUGGGCAUCAAGCUUUCUCAACACUCUGUCAUGAGGCCUUAAUGCAUGCAAGGACCAUGGGAUACAAAGUUGUGUUCACUGAUCAUUCACUAUAUGGUUUUGCUGAUGUUGGAAGCAUUCACAUGAAUAAGGUGCUGCAGUUUACUCUGGCAGAUGUAGAUCAGGCUAUAUGCGUCUCUCAUACUAGCAAGGAAAACACCGUCCUGAGAUCUGGGAUACUACCUGAGAAAGUCUUUGUAAUACCUAAUGCGGUGGAUACUGCCAUGUUUACUCCUGCUCCUAAUCGGCUGAGCUGUGAUGAAAUUGUUAUUGUUGUGAUCAGUAGAUUGGUAUACCGGAAGGGAGCAGAUCUUCUUGUUGAAGUCAUUCCAGAAGUGUGCCGCCUUUUUUCAAAUGUCCGAUUUAUUGUUGGAGGCGAUGGACCAAAACGUGUGCGGCUUGAAGAGAUGAGGGAAAAGUAUUCUCUUCAGGACAGAGUUGAUAUGUUGGGGGCUGUUCCACAUGCUCAAGUGCGAUCUGUUCUAAUAUCCGGUCAUAUUUUUUUAAAUAGUUCGCUUACAGAAGCCUUUUGCAUAGCCAUUCUGGAAGCUGCUAGUUGUGGACUGCUAACUGUGAGCACAAGAGUUGGAGGUGUCCCAGAGGUUUUACCAGAUGACAUGAUAGUACUUGCAGAACCAGCACCAGGUGAUAUGGUGUGGGCUAUUAGAAAAGCAAUUUUCAUGCUUCCAAGCAUCGAUCCGCAUGUCAUGCAUCUCCGUAUGAAAAGCCUGUAUAGUUGGCAUGACGUGGCUAAAAGAACAGAGAUAGUGUAUGACCGUGCACUGCAAUCCUCUGAGAAAAAUCUUCUGCAGCGUCUACCACGAUACCUCAAAUGUGGGGCUUGGGCAGGAAAGCUAUUUUGUCUGGUCAUGAUUGUCAAUUUUCUUCUAGUGCGUCUUCUAGAACUGUGGCAGCCUGUAAAGAGCAUUGAAGAGGUUCCUGACAUGCCGUUGGUGCAACACCAAGAAGAAGAGAUUGAGCACGAUUACGAUGAAGCUCAAAAGAAAAGCUAAUUCUUUAAGAAGAUUCGAUGUUGUGAUUGUUUAGUUCACAUCUACACCCAAGAAUGCAGGACACUUCCAAAGCAGAAUAGGUGGUACUAUUGUGAAUUAUCCCUCUUAUCUAAUGUGAAAUUUUCUUUAUAUUGGGGGAUCUGAAGUUUCUACUUUUUCUUCGGUUGCAUGUUUUGUGCAUAUAAUGCAUCUGAAAUCAUUUGAUAAAUUGGUAUUUGUACCUUAAGCCUUGCCCUUUAACAGCAGUACAAAUUUUUUUAUAUAUAGUCAAUUUGAAAGUUUGAAAACUAAAGAUGUCAUACCAAUUCAUAUUCUUCUGAUGCACUUGUGGGUAGAGUAUCAAUUUAAUCAAAUGAUAUUUUAAAUUGGUGAAUAUAAAAGUUAUUUCAAGAUUUUAAAUGCACAUGUCAUCGUUGCAUGUGUUCAUAUUUUCAUCUCCACUAACAGCUCCUUUGGGCUCCAAUAUAGUGAGUAUGCCAUCUUUAUUCAUUCAUCUGUGGAAUCAUCAUGGGAGCAUCUAUAGUUCUGGAAAUUAGCUAACAUCCAUUCUUUUCCAAUAUGGACGUCAUAGAUAAGGUAAGUGACAGAUAGCAAGGUCCUUGCUAAUUUGGUUCAUCAGAGCUAAAGAUUCUUGUGAUAAGCGGGGCGUGCUACCUCUUUUGAGCUCUGACAAGAAAUUUAUCAUGUGCUAAUUUUCAGCUAUGCUUCAGAUUUGAAGGCGGAGAUACUUAGUUCAAGAACGCAAUUUUGCUUCAAAAACAGUCAUGCUUUUGGUCAAUUAGAUCUAGUGAAACCAUCAUCCCUGGAUUAGAUUUUUCUUUUGGUUUGUAUCGCAUAAUCAACCUUCUACUCAGUAGAUUGUCAAAUAGGUGUUUCACUACUUUGUAGGUGAUAAACUUGCUUCCGUAGUACAGAAUUUGUGGUCCAUGAACUUCUAAAACUGUAAUGAUUAUGUAUUACUAGUAAAGUUAUGUAAUUUGCCAAAUUGUAAGCGAAUUGCAAUUAAGCAUGAAACAAUAUAGUUCAGCUUA